CCUUUCUUCCAGAUCUGAUGAUUGAAAUGGAGGAUCACACCAGUGACCUGAGCGAAGGUCGUAUUCCCUUCCUGGACUAUAAAACCUACACAGACAGAAACUUCUUCCUGCCGUCCAAAGAAAACGCCAACGACCCUAUGAUCACCGGAAAAAUACAAAUCCCAGAAGCUCGUAGGGCGACCGUGACGCAGGCGCUCAACCAGUUCUCCAACCUGCUGAACAGCAAAACUUUUCUCAUCAACUUUAUUCACACAUUGGAGAGCCGUCCGGACUUCAACGCCCGCUCUCGGGGAAACUUUGCCUCGCUUCUGACGGUGGCGCUGCAUGGUAAGCUGGAGUAUUACACUGACAUCAUGAGGACGCUGCUGCUGGAGCUGAUGGACGAACACGUUCAGAAUAAAAACCCCAAACUGAUGCUCAGGAGGUCAGAGACGGUGGUGGAGAGGAUGCUUUGUAACUGGAUGUCCAUCUGCUUGUACCAGUUCCUCAGGGACACUGCUGGAGAACCUUUAUACAAACUGUUCAAGGCCUUGAAGCACCAGGUGGAGAAGGGCCCGGUGGACGCCAGGCUGAAGAAAGCCAAGUACACGCUGAACGACACGGGGCUGCUGGGAGACGAUGUGGAGUACUCAGUGCUGACUCUGCAGGUUCUGGUGCAUGGGGAGGGACCGGACGUCACCCCGGUGAAAGUGCUGAACUGUGACACCAUCACCCAGGUGAAGGAGAAGAUCAUCGAUCAGGUGUACAGGAACCUGCCGUAUUCACAGAGACCCAAAGCAGAGAGUGUUGCACUCGAGUGGCGUCCCGGCUCCACGGGUCAGAUCCUGUCUGAUCUGGACCUCACGUCCCAGAAGGAGGGCCGCUGGAAGAGACUGAACACGCUGGCUCAUUAUAACGUCCGGGACAACGCCACCUUGGUUCUGUCCAGAGUUCUGCACACGCAGUCGUUCCACCAACACCAGGACAGCCAUGAUGAGAAAAACGCGCUGCUGGAGGACGACAACACCUUCCACCUGGUGAGGCCCACGGAUGAAAUCGAUGAGGUGAAGUCAAAGAGAGGCAGCAUGAAGGACAAGGCCAUGACCAAAGCCAUCACGGAGAUCUACCUGACCCGGCUGCUCUCUGUCAAGGGCACCCUACAGCAGUUUGUGGACGAUUUCUUCCGCAGCGUUCUGUGCACCAGCUCUGCCGUCCCUCCUGCCGUCAAAUACUUCUUUGACUUUCUGGACGAACAGGCGGAGAGACACGACAACGUGGACGAGGAGACGCUGCACAUCUGGAAGACCAACAGCCUGCCUAUGCGGUUCUGGGUGAACAUCCUUAGAAACCCACACUUUAUCUUUGACGUCCACGCGACGGAGGUGGUGGACGCGUCGCUGCACGUCAUCGGUCAGACCUUCAUGGACGCCUGCACCAAGACGGAGCACAAACUCAGCAGGGAGUCUCCCAGCAACAAGCUGCUCUAUGCAAAAGAGAUUUCCACGUACAAGAAGAUGGUGGAUGAUUACUACAGAGGCAUCAGGCAGAUGGUUCCAGUCAGUGACCAGGACAUGAACACGCACCUCGCUGAGGUGUCCCGGCAACACACAGACAAGCUGAACACCCAGGUGGCCUUACAUCAGCUCUACCAGUACGCCAGCAAGUACUUCGACCUGAUCAUCCAGUCGCUGGACGAGGACCCGGCCGCCCAGAACCGACAGCUCACGCUCCGCCUCCAGCAGGUCGCCGCCGCCCUGGAGAACAAAGUCACGGACCUUUGACCUCACAGAGGGGGAGGAGCUUAUCAGCUUUGUUUUCCAGUUAAGGACUUAGAUCAAUCUGAGCGUACGGACUCAUCCAACGUGUCAAGAGCCGGAGAACAGGACUGAGAGGAGGUUCUGGAAACGGAAGCACUGAUUUAUUUUAUUUUAUUUUUUCCUUUUUGGUACCUGGAGGCUAAAUUCCCACUCAGCUUCCCAAAAACAGGAAAAUCAAGGAAUCAGUUCGAAAUAACUGAAAUUAAUUCAUUUUGAGGAAAUUUAUUUUUUUUCUUUGUGGACGUUUGGAUUCAGCUGCUUCGGCAUCCGACCACUUUCUGAAGUCUACAAGCUGUGGAUAAAACGUAGACCUCCAGCGUCAGAAGGCAGUCUGACCUCGGAUCAGCGGCAGAGAUGGCGCCGGCGUUCCACGCUACGGACCGCUGACCUCAGCGGACGGCGGCUCCAGAAACAUCAGCUGCUGUCGUUCUCCACACGGCGGCUCUGCGUUUCCUCUCUGACUCUGCUGUCGCUUCCAUCAUCAGCAAUUAGCCACUUCCUGAUCAUGUGACCCCAACACUGAAAAAUGAGACGGUUUUAUCAUCACUAUCAUGACGGCUGCAUAGAUCUACCUGCCAUAGAUUACCAGAAUAUCUGAUCAGUUCCUUCA